UCCCAAAUUUCUUUUGUUUUUACUAUAUUCAGUUUACUUGACUUUGCUAUUUUUAAAAGCAUCAUUUAUUAAAUUUCCAAGACGGACGUCAAAUCAUUUACUUAAUAAAAAUUAAUGCUACUUUGAAUUUUCAAUUUAUAUUACCUAAUAGUUGAUUCUUUCAUUUAUUAAUCAAAUUUUAAAUUAUUUUUCCUGAAUUUCCAACUUUAUUUUUUGUCCUUCACCUUUUCUUGCAAAAACCCUAAUUUCACUAACUCCCUCGAAAAAUUGUGAAAGCAAAAAAAUAAGAUUAGCGUACAUAUUUUCUUUCCAUUUUCAUAAAAUUAGUUUUUUUUUUUUAGUUGUCUACUUUGUUCUGCAGUAGCAAAGUUAGAUUUCCACUGUACUUUGUCAGAUGAUCUUUAUGUAGAUACAACUAAUUCUAACAUUUGCAGAUUUGCUGACUUUGUAUUUCUCUUGGUAUAUAUAGCAUUUGCUGAGUUUGCACUUUUUUGGAUAAAAGAUUGUAUUUUUAUUCUCUCGUUAUAUGGGGUUUUGAGUUCUUGAUUAUUAUUUUUUUCUGUUUUGGGUGCUUAAGUUAUUGGAGUUGUCUUCAGGGUUUAAGGGUGGUUUGAGUUCUCGAAAAAAAAAUCUUCUUUUUGCUGUUUUGGGAGUUAUUUAGAGUUGUUCAGGGUUUAAGGGGUUUUGGUGAUUUAACUAUAGUGUAUAUGAAUGGAGGAGAAAGGAGGAGUUAAUAGUAGCUCUGGGGUUGCAGUUAAAGGGGAUGAAGCUCCUGAAAGCUACAGAGUAGCCCCAAGGAGUGAAAGUAACAAUAUUGAGUUUAGUGGAUCAAUUGUAUCAACCACACCAGUAAGUAGUGUGACAGAGGAAACGCCGAAGAAGAAGAGGGGAAGACCUCGGAAGUAUGGACCAGAUGGUAAAGUAGCUUCCAUUGCAUUGUCACCAAUGCCAAUAUCAGCUUCAAUUCCUCUUGCUGGAGAUUUUUCAGCUUGGGGAAACAGUGGAAAUCGACCCAUUGAUUCCUUCAACAAGAAGAACAAGUUUGAGGCCGAAACUCCAGGGGAGAGGAUGGCAUACUCUGUCGGUGCAAAUUUUACACCACAUGUGAUCACUGUUAAUGCUGGUGAGGAUGUCAACAUGAAAAUAAUUUCAUUUUCUCAAGAAGGAUCUAGAGCUAUUUGUGUGCUGGCUGCAAAUGGUGCAAUUUCAAAUGUUACACUUCGUCAGCCUAAUUCUUCUGGUGGUACUUUGACCUACGAGGGUCAUUUUGAAAUUCUCUCUCUGUCAGGAUCAUAUAUGCCUAGUGAUAAUGGAGUGACAAAAAGCAGAUCUGGUGGGAUGAGUGUCUCUCUUUCGGGCCCUGAUGGUCGGGUUAUGGGAGGAGGACUUGCAGGAAUGUUGAUAGCUGCUGGUCCUGUUCAGGUUGUGGUUGGUAGCUUUCUACCUGGUCACCAGCUGGAUCAGAAGGCAAAGAAGCAAAGAGUCGAGCAUGCUGCUUUUGCCGCUAUUCCUGCCCCUCCCAUUUCUAAAGAACAAACUGCCGGAGCUUACUCUGGACCAAGUCCCAACAUUGCUGCUUCUAUUUCCUUUCCUGGGGAUAACUUAGUCUCUGCAAAUUCUAUAUACAGCUCAAGAAUCUCAACGUCACAAAACAACGUUUCUUUGCCUGGAGAGGAAUCUAAAGAGCAUAACACGGCGUCCUAAUUGAGCUGGAUAGUGUAUUGUUGUAACCUUGUUGCUAAUUGUUAGCCUACUUGAAAUCUUAGCCUCAUGAUCCCUUUAUUAAUUAGUAAUUCCCUUUGAUAGGAUGCAGUAGGGCGUAAUUUGUGUUAGUUUAACCUAGAACUUCUCUCUUCUUAUAGGUAUUACAAAGUAGGAAUUUUCUACCAGUAGGAGGCUAGGAGCUAUUAUCAAUUACCACUGCUUUCUGAUUGACUUGAUGUUGAUGUACUACUAAGUCUUUGUAUUAAAUUGCAGAAUGUCAUUCUAACAUUUGUUAUUAAUUUAGCAACCUUUUAUUUCUCUCUAA